AGGAGGAAAUGACAGCGAGGACGGAGAGCGGAAGUGUAUAGAAGACGCAUUGCUUCGCUGCAGACUGUUUUGCUUUUGGUCUUGCUCUGUCUGUCUGACCUCCCUUUCCUCUCCUCUCUUGUUUCGGUUUCUUCUCCCUUGUCGAUCUCCUGUUCCUGUAUAAAUACACACGAACAAAACCAAGUUGUAUUUUCUAUUGGAAUCGGAAUUCAAUUGAAAUUACCGACUGCUUGGCAUCAUACAUCAUUCAAACUAGUCCGCCCAGCCGAGAGAAGGAUCUAUCUCACUCAAAUUUGUGUUUGUUUAUAGAUAAGACUUAAGUGAGGGAAGAAUGUCUUACGCGUAUUUAUUCAAGUACAUCAUCAUCGGCGAUACUGGAGUUGGAAAAUCAUGUCUUCUUCUUCAGUUUACCGACAAGAGGUUCCAGCCAGUGCACGAUUUAACCAUUGGUGUUGAGUUCGGAGCCAGGAUGAUCACCAUCGACAACAAACCAAUUAAGCUCCAAAUUUGGGACACGGCGGGCCAAGAGUCUUUCAGAUCCAUUACACGGUCCUACUACAGAGGGGCUGCCGGUGCGUUGCUUGUGUAUGACAUCACCAGGAGGGAAACUUUUAAUCACUUGGCUAGCUGGUUAGAGGACGCGAGGCAACAUGCAAAUGCAAACAUGACAAUAAUGUUAAUUGGUAAUAAGUGUGAUCUUGCUCACAGACGGGCUGUGAGUACAGAGGAAGGGGAACAGUUUGCAAAGGAGCAUGGGCUGAUCUUUAUGGAGGCCUCUGCUAAAACUGCUCAGAAUGUUGAGGAGGCAUUUAUAAAAACUGCUGCAACCAUAUACAAGAAGAUUCAAGAUGGAGUUUUUGAUGUAUCAAAUGAGUCUUAUGGCAUAAAAGUUGGAUAUGGUGGAAUUCCGGGGCCAUCAGGAGGCAGAGAUGGCUCUUCCUCUCAAGCUGGAGGCUGUUGCAGUUGAAGUUUGAUUUCAUUUUUCACAUGAAUGCAACUUAUCUGGUGUAUUUUACGUUCUUGAUUUUUUUUUUCUAUAACUUUUUUGGUGGUUAAAUAUGAAGAUUAUGAAUCCUUUUCUUUAUAAAAAAAACGUCUUAAAAUUGAAAUAUCUGUAUAAUUCUUCUUGAUGUUCUAAUUUGAUUGUAAAUUAAAGUCAUUUGAAGUUAACUCUGUUGAAUGAAACUGCAGAUUGUGAAUAGAGAGAGACUCAUUAUUCUAUGCUU